GCCCAGGUCUAUCCGGCCGGCAGCAGCAAUGCCGGCCACCAUGCCGCUAACCUUCUCCCCGCCCCACCUCCUCCUCCUCCGCCGCCGCCAAGCCAAGGUCCAGCAGCCCCGCUCCACGGCCCGCCUCCCAUGCCGGCUCCGCUGCGUCCCCGACGAGAUCGCGGCGAAGCAGCAGCAAGGGGAAGAGGAGGAGGAGCUGGUGCUCCUCGCAUCCUACCGCACCGACUUCAACGAGGUCAUCAUGGUCAUCGACUCGCCCUCCAACCGCUACCUCGUCCUCGACCCCACUCGGAACGUCCACAGCAUUCUCCCCAAGAAGAGCGCCUGGACCAAUUCCUACUGGGAUGAGUGCGUCAGCCUACCUACCGUUGUUCCACGCGGUCCUGUUGCAAUUCUAGGUUUGGGUGCUGGUACAGCAGCACAUAUGAUGCUAGAAGUUUGGCCUUGGAUACAACUUAUCGGAUGGGAGAUAGAUCCGACGGUAAUUGAAUUGUCGAGGGAUUAUUUUGGUAUGUCCACUUUAGAGAAGACCACGGAACUAGGUGGUUCACUUUCAGUGCAUAUUGGCGAUGCACUUUCCCCAUCGGCUACAGUUGAAGGAGGAUUUGCUGGUAUCGUUGUUGAUUUAUUUGCUCAUGGAGAAGUCUUACCUCAGCUACAGGAAGCUGAAACUUGGUUAGGGAUUGCGAAAAAGCUGAUGCCGGAUGGUCGAAUCAUGGUCAACUGCGGGGGAGCAGAUACCGCCGUAUCUCUUGCCGCCGACACGGGUGUUUCUUCCUGGGUGCAGAACCCUACCAUCAAGGCUCUAUGCUCUGCAUUCCCUGGGAAGCUAAACUGGAAGAGGCUUUCGGAGAAGGAGAGCGUAAACUACGUGGCGCUGACGGGUCCCCUUCCGGACCUGGAGGAGUGGUCAACCUCGGUUCCGAGCGAGUUGAGCACGAGGGUGAAACAAUGGGUGCCCUGUGAGCUCGCGUGAGGACAUACGUUUCAGCGCUUGCGCCUUGCUUGCUGUAACAGACAGCAGGUACCAUGCCGUUGAGCAUCCUUGAUCAUUCCGUGCACCAAUUCAUCAUGAGCCCAUCUGAACCAUUGAAUUGUGUUAAUAGCUCACUUGCUACUUGUUGAAGGUGUACUUGAGGCCAUCGAUCUGCAUUUGAAGAAGUACCAUAUCUGUGAGCACUCGCAUGUCCAAGGAAGAAGGUGAUGUUCCUCAAGUUUGAAGAACAGCGGAGGCGAUGCGGCUGAUCCUCAAAUCGAGCUGGGGCGACGAACCGCGCUACAAUUCAUUGCUGACCUGCUGUUAAUUCACAUUCACCAUCUCCAUGUCUUUGCAGUGUCCAAAGUGGCAAAGUCCAUUUGUUUUGUCUGAGCAGCCGUUGUCCAAUGGCUUCUGCAGGCAACCGAUGUUCGUUGGCAUCUGCCAGUGCAAUUUGUAGUUGUCUUUGCCAGUGCAUGCCAGUGCAGUUUGUAGUUGUGGCUUCAGAUUCUUCCACGGCUGUCCUUGUUUGUUUGACACAAAAACUGAGAGCAAAACAAAUCCCAAAUAAACAAGUGAGAGCAAUGCCUAGGAUCUGUUUUCUGACACAUGCUAGCCAAUUCGUUCAAUCACAUCUCAGACCUCGCCAUUCCCAUUAGGAUGGAUGGAUACUCCUUUCGGCUUUGUUCGGUUGAAAGGGAUUUAGAAGGGGUUUGAUACGGAUUGAGAUGGAUAUAAUCCCCUACAAGUCAAAAUCCACCCCAAUCUCCUUCAAUCCUCUUAAGAAGAGGUGUAACCGAACGAGGCCUUCACGGUUUUCGGCAACCGGAAAGGAAUAAAUGAAAAAGAUUAAAUCAGUGCUGACUGACCGGCCCGUGUCAGCCAGGUCAACUCCCGCAGUCAAGGGCGCAAGGGCAGCCCAUUCCAACAUUCUGCAAGAUUGGUUAGACCUGCACUCGGGGAACCGAUAUGUUCUGACAGGGGUU